UCCCGGGGGUCGGUGCUCGCCCUUCCUGCGGAGACUGGGGGUGGGGGUGGGGGGCGCCUUCGCCCCCCGCGGGUUCGGGGACCACCCGGGGAAGGCUCUCCUCUUCCUCCGCCGCCGGCGGCGCGGGGCGUUUCCGUCCUGCGGGCUGCACCGAGCCCCGGGGGUCCAGGGCCCGAGCCCUCCGGGCGAGGGGGGAAGCACGAAGUUGCUGGCCCAGGAGCAGUGGAGAAGGGCGUGCUUCCCCGGGGACCUGCGGGGCUUAGUUCCCGCACCUGAGGCACCCGAGCGAGGAGGGCGAGUGGAAAGCCUCUAGGGAGCCCGUCAUUGUUUUGUGCUUGGUCUGAGGAUGUGGCUGUACAUGGUGACAGGCAGGAGACAGAGUGGCCAGAGCCUGGCUGGGCCUAAAGAAACAGCCUUUCUGUCAGGCUUGGACAAAUUGUGCAGGUUUGGCAACCAUUGUUCCAGUGACACCUUGCAAUCCAGGCAGGAUGCAAGUGAAGUGAAGGAAUGAGGGCAUGAACAGAGCAGGGGUGUCCUCCUUCUGCAGCAGCCAUGUUACACCAAGCCUGGCAGCUGUAUGGGAGGUGGUGUCGUUGGUCCAGUCCUUUUAUCCAUCUCCUCACAUUGACUGUGGUGACAUUUGGUGUGCUCGCACCUUUGAUUUGCCACCGGCUCCUUCACUCUUACUUCUAUUUGCGGUGCUGGCACCUGAACCCCAUGAGCCAGGAGUUCCUGGAGCAGAACCAGCAGGAGGGCCAGGCUGCCCUCCAUUACUUUGAGAAGCUGCACAUACCAAAUGCCUCUGAGGACUCUGGCAGUGAUGCCUUCCAGCCCUUGCUGCUGGUCACCAUCAUCACUGUGCAGAGGCGGAAUGAUUUCCACUAUGUCUUGCAAGUGGCCUCCCACUUCCACCGCCUCCUCCAGAAAUGUGGUGCCCAUUGCCAGAGUCACCGCAUCCUCCUCUGUAAUGUGGAGUCAGACCCUAGUAGCCAUCAGGACGUAAGGUUGCUGAGCAGCUUCUUUCCUGUGGUCAGUCGUGACAAAACUGGGGAGAUCCCUGACCCCAGAGUGAACCAGUUUGAGAAGGAGAAGCAGGACUACGUCUUCUGCCUUGAGCAGUCGCUGUUGGUGUACAACCCAGAAUACAUCCUCAUAGUGGAAGAUGAUGCUGUGCCAGAGGAGGAGAUAUUCGUUGUCUUGCAGCACUUCUUGUCGGCCCGGUUCUCCAAACCAUACCUCAGAGACGCACUCUACUUCAAGCUCUACCAUCCCGAGAGGCUUCAGCGCUACUUCAACCCCGAACCCAUGAGAAUCCUUGAGUGGCUAGGUCUGGGCAUGUUUCUGGGGCCCGUGCUGAACUGCGUGUACUCCUGGGCAACUGGGCACCGAGGCCUCAGUUGGCCCAUUGUCUUGUUCUUUGGUUUGUACAGUAUGGCUUUGUCAGAGCUGGUGGGACGGCACUACAUGCUGGAGCUGCGCCGGCUGGCCCCUGUGCUGUAUAAUAUUGUGCCGGUCACUGAGUGCUGCACGCCUGCCAUGCUCUUCUCUGCUCCCUCUGCCCGACGUGCCUUAGGCUACCUGAAGGAGCUGCACUGCCGCCAGGGUUUUGCUAAGGAUAUUGCCCUCUACUCGCUGCUGCGUGCCAAGGGGGAGAACGCCUAUGUGGUAGAACCCAACCUGGUCCGGCAUGUGGGAAUGUAUUCCAGCCUUCGGCUAAAUGACAACCCAAAACUGCUGUGAUCUGUUCAUACCUCUCCAGACACAAAGCCCAGAGAACUUGCCACUGGACAGAGAGACAGUGUGCAAACUCAUAUGUUGUGCUGCUUGCACUGGGCAUCCUGUGCCUUUCGGUGGUCAAAGAAUGACUCUCUUUAAAAGAACAAGUUUCUUAAAAAAUAAACUUAUGUAUAUGCAGAGCCUA